AUGUGCGUUUGGGCUGAGCGCCUGCAGUCCAAGCUGCAUUUGAAGAUGUCCUCCAAAACGCUUAGGGUAUAUUCGACAAGACACCUAAAGCAACGGGCGGGUAUAAAAAGUGGCCGGAGCAUCCUCCGCCAGCUGGCGGCGGAGCCGGAUUCCCGCGACAGCCCCCUUUCGCGGCGGCUAGGAUCCCGCCUUCCCUUUCCCCUGGGCCGUGGAAACGAGGAGCGGGUAAUCCCGGACUGCAAGGCCUGGCGCUCGGAGGAGAUGACUGAAGACCGCAGCAAACUCGGAUCGAGAGGGGGGGAAAAACCCCACAGCAACGGUUUGGGGCUCUCUGCAGACUUCACCUUCCGAGUGGGUCCCGUGGAGAAGAACAAUCACGUCCUGACGCUGAUGUCCAUGGCCGCUCGCAUCUACAAGCACCCCAGCCUGAAGAACGCCGUCAACUUGGUGGUGGUGAAGGUGCUGAUCGUGGAGGACGAGGCGGCGGGGCCGGAGGUGUCCGAUAACGGUGGCCUCACCCUGCGCAACUUCUGCAACUGGCAGCAGAAGUUCAACCCUCCGAGCGACCGGCACCCCGAGCACUACGACACCGCCAUCCUGCUGACGAGACAGGACUUCUGCGGGCACCAGAGCUGCGACACGCUGGGAGUGGCGGAUAUCGGCACCAUGUGCGACCGCAACAAAAGCUGCUCGGGGAUCGAAGACGAGGGCCUGCAGGCAGCCUGGGGACCUGAGCGCCUUGCCCGCAAGGUCGGCGGCAGCCCUGGCGGGGGGCCGGCCGGCAAGAGCUUUAGGGAGCAGCAGUGUGAGAAGUACAAUAACUACAAUUUCACGGACCUGGAUGGGAAUCGCCUCGAAUGGGUCCCCAAGUAUGCCGGCGUGUCGCCCCGAGAUCGGUGCAAGCUCUUCUGCCGGGCCAGGGGGAGGAGCGAAUUCAAAGUCUUUGAGGCCAAAGUAAGACACGGCGCGACAAUAACUGCUAGCGCCCGUCCUUACCGUGCUGAAACGGGGCCCGCGCGCAGCCCCCACUGCCGUUGCUCCUCCUCGUCUGCUCUUUUUCUCGGGGUUUGCGGGGGCAAGGGCAAUAACUGCGGGGCUGUCGGGAGACAACUGUGUCUCUUUGCCCCCUGCAGAUACGGCUACAAUGACAUCGUCACGAUCCCUGCUGGAGCAACCAACAUCGACAUCAAGCAGCGCAGCCACCGCGGGGUCCGUCACGACGGGAAUUACCUGGCUCUGAGGACUCUGGAGGGCAGGUACCUGCUGAUUUUUUUUUCGGCCAUGGAGCAGGACAUCCUCAUAAAGGGAACCAUCCUGAAAUACAGCGGCUCCAUGACGACCCUGGAGAGGCUCCAGAGCUUCCAGCAGCUUCCUGAACCCCUCACGGUCCAGCUGCUGACCAUCGCCAGCGAGGUCUUCCCACCAAAAGUCAAGUACACCUUCUUCAUCCCCAAGGACGUGCCCUUCAGCAAGGAGAAGGGCAAAGAGAAGAAGUCGGCCAACGUCAUCCGGCCGAUGCUGACCUCGCAGUGGGUCCUGGGCGACUGGUCCGAGUGCUCCAAGACGUGCGGCUCCGGCUGGCAGAGGCGGACGGUGGACUGCCGGGACGUCGAGGGCCAAGCCUCGUCCACCUGCGACAGAGCCCUGAAGCCCGAGGACAUCAAGGCCUGCGGAGACUUCCCCUGCCCGCUGUGGCGGCGGGGCGCACGGUCUCACCGGCCGGCCCCAGCCCCCUUCCUCAGCCCGCCCUGGAGGCUUGCUGGCCGCCUUGCCCUCCGGCGCUGGACCAAGGCCCCGUCCUGCCGCCGGCGGACCUCCCGCUUGGUUCGGUAG